AUGCUAAGAUACCCGCAACCUUUGGGAUGUAUGCGUGGUGGAGAGGGGCUCAGUGAUAUGAGAUCACUUCUUUUAAGGGAAACUGUCAUUAAUGAGUCAAGAAACUGCUCAUUUAUGAUAAUUAGCACCAUGGAGCCUCAGGUGUCGAAUGGCCCUACUUCCAAUACAACCAAUGGACCCUCCAGCAACAGUAGAAACUGCCCUUCCCCCAUGCAGACAGGGGCUGCUACAGAUGACAGCAAAACCAACCUCAUAGUCAACUAUUUACCCCAGAACAUGACCCAGGAGGAGUUCAGGAGUCUCUUCGGGAGCAUUGGUGAAAUCGAAUCCUGCAAGCUCGUGAGAGACAAAAUUACAGGUCAGAGUUUAGGGUAUGGAUUCGUUAACUAUAUUGAUCCAAAGGAUGCAGAGAAAGCCAUUAACACUUUAAAUGGACUCAGACUCCAGACCAAAACCAUAAAGGUGUCGUAUGCCCGUCCAAGUUCAGCAUCAAUCAGAGAUGCGAACUUGUAUGUCAGCGGCCUUCCGAAAACAAUGACCCAGAAAGAAUUAGAGCAGUUAUUCUCGCAAUAUGGGCGCAUCAUCACCUCACGGAUUCUGGUUGAUCAAGUCACAGGGGUUUCUCGAGGUGUGGGAUUUAUCCGUUUUGAUAAGAGAAUAGAGGCAGAAGAAGCCAUAAAGGGACUAAAUGGCCAGAAGCCUAGUGGUGCUACAGAACCAAUUACUGUGAAGUUUGCCAAUAACCCCAGCCAGAAAACAAGCCAGGCACUCCUUUCACAGCUGUAUCAGUCUCCCAACAGACGCUACCCUGGACCACUUCACCACCAGGCUCAGAGAUUCAGGCUGGACAAUUUGCUUAAUAUGGCCUAUGGCGUAAAGAGACCCCUCUUUUUACUUGGUAGGUUUUCUCCGAUCACAAUUGAUGGUAUGACGAGCCUUGUUGGAAUGAAUAUCCCUGGUCACACUGGGACUGGAUGGUGCAUCUUCGUCUACAACUUGUCUCCCGACUCGGAUGAGAGUGUGCUGUGGCAGUUGUUUGGUCCCUUUGGAGCAGUCAAUAAUGUCAAGGUGAUCCGUGAUUUCAACACCAACAAGUGCAAGGGAUUUGGCUUUGUCACCAUGACCAACUACGACGAAGCUGCCAUGGCGAUUGCCAGCCUUAAUGGAUACCGUUUAGGAGACAGAGUAUUGCAAGUUUCCUUUAAAACCAAUAAAACCCACAAAUCCUGA